AGAUGUUCUCAUAAGUAAAAAUAAAAUGUUCAGAGGAAUACACUUUCGCCGUUCAUGGCGAUAUAUUUAUAUAAACUCAAAGAAUUUUACAAAAUUACCACAAAGAAGUUAUAAUGUAUAUACCCAACUACGCCACACUCCGCUCACAGCCUUACGUAACCACUAUAGAUAUCUAUCUACGGAUAAAUCCGUCGAACACAUUGUGGAUUCUGUUCUCGAUCAGUCUACUUAUGAAAAAGUAUGCGCUACGACACUGGACGCCCUCAACGAAUAUAUGGAACGCCUAGUAGAAACUGUAGAUUAUUUACCGGGCAGUGACAUAGGUUAUAGUGAUGGUGUGUUAACUGUUAACUUAGGCCCUAAACACGGCGUCUAUGUUAUCAAUCGUCAGACGCCCAACAGACAAAUUUGGUUAAGUUCACCCUUUAGUGGACCAAAGCGCUACGAUUUUGUAGGUCCCAAAACCGGCGAAAAGGGUAAAUGGCUUUAUCGUCACGAUGAUGAGACUUUGCACGACUUAUUGCAACAGGAGCUACAGCCUAUAUUCAAAGAUCAAAAGUUAGAUUUUUCUGAAUUACCUUACAGCAGUUGAACAUAAUACGAAAAAUGAAAAUAAGUUACUAAAAACUAAGUUUGCUAAGUUGGAAACCGUUUUAUUAAUUCUUGCAAUAAUUGAUUUUGUAUUUCAAUGGCACGCUCUUGAAUUUUAAGAUUUUCUUGUAAUAUUUUCAGAUG